AUGGUGAAAGAGCAAACCACCCCCAAGGCUACCAAGCCGGUCAAAGCAGGCAUUGUAAAGCGGACCCCUGUGAAGGCCUCACCUGCCAAUGUCUCGUCCGCUGCCGCCGGCAAAGACCUUCUCUUCCUAUGGAAGUGCAUCAAACUCUCUAGCGGCGUGAAGAUCGAUUGGGCUGCCGUCGCCAAUGAUGCCGGCAAGACUGUGGGAACCGUGCAAAAGCAGUGGUCCCGCCUCAACAUCAAGCUGGAGAAGAUUGUUCAGGCUGCUGCCGCUGGUGACUCCGACGAGGAGGUCGACGAGGAAGUUGACGAGGAAGUUGACGAGGAAGUUGACGAGGAUGGUGACCUGGUUGCCGCCUCCAACGACGAUGAGUAG